AUGAAGGAGGGAAGCGGGGUGGUGGACAAGAGGAAACUCGACCAUCUCGUGUUUGGUCCUGCUGCUGGUCAAGGCCGACCCGACCGUCUCCAAUGCCAGGGUAUAUUUGCGCCCGAAUACGGCUCUUGUCAUUUGCUUGGAAUUUUUUUUUAUGUUUAUGUUUAUUACGAUAACUGCGGACAUUACUUCUAAGUUACAACUUGACAUACGUUUUGUAAACAAGCCAGAGAAUUGGAGUCCUUUUUUGUACGAUUUCGGAAUAUUUUUGAUUCUGUUCAGCGGUAUUCGAGUGAUACUAAGAAUAUUUUCUGUUUCCUUAUUCUCCGGUUAAGUUAUCCGGGAUGCUUUGCCUAUCGUAAAUCACCAUGUAUAGGAACUAUUAAUCUUUGAAUUCCAUUCACGAGCCCUCAUGUUUACUAUCGGGUGCUCUAAUGCAAAAUGGCCAUUUCCUUGUUCUCUCGCGGAAUCUCCAGUAUACCUUCAUCUUGAAUUUUUGUCCUCUUUUUCCUUUUUUGGAGCAGAAUUAGCCCUAAAAUCCAUCAUCUCUUCCUCCGCUGUGCAUGUGGGAAAUGUCUAACUUUACAUUUUUUAACAUUCCUGUCGCAGGAUUCAAAGCUCUGAACCAGACUUAUCAUUCAAUGUCGUCUAAAACUUUUGAUGCUUGUGGCAGCGUUUCAUUUGUUACAGUAUUUACAGUGUACAACAGUACUGAAAGUACAGUCUCCGACAAAGUGACUGUUGGGAACACUUCCUAUAAUAAAGUGGAGCGGUCCAUUGCAAUUCUUCAUACUUACAUUGACUUUAUACAGGUAUAAAGCAUCGAGAAUACCCAAAAUAUUUUUUACAAUUUGCACUGAAAGUUAUUUUUUUUUACAAUCUUCAUGAACUACACAUUUUGUUGCUAUUACGUUCAGCAAAUUCCUUUACAGUUGAUAUUUUAUCUAAACACUAUUUUUUUAGUUGCUAGUUCAUUGGAUGUAAAAUAAUCAAAAUUUAGAUUUAGUGCAGCCUGAUUUCCUCUUUUGCUUAUUUUUUGCAAAAUAGAGCUGUGCAGGUGUCUAUGCCACGUAGCAAUGUUAUAAUACUGACGGAUCCUGCCUCCUCAUUCCCAAUUACAAAGAGAAACACAAGUAUUCUGCCUAUUGAGGGAGAUUAUUCCAGAGGAAAUUUGAUGCUUCAAAGGAUUAUUUCUUACAUUGUAAGUUUUUUAAACGUUAAAAUUUUGAAGAUAACCUACUCCACCAAUCCGAAUAUUUCUUUUUGUUUCCUCUUAAUUUUUUCUUAAUCCUUCUUUUUUUAUUUUUUAAAAUGUUGUAAUUCUAGUAGAGUUAGUGUUCAAGCUAGCAUCUUUGGUUGUUAGAAACUUAACCGGACCAAGGCACAUGCAAUUUAGAAAUAGAUGAAAGCUAGAGGAGAUGGAAGGAGGAAAGGUAGAUGAGACAAAAUAUUGAGAGGGGCUUCUUUUUGAAUGGAUUGACCAAUUCAAUGCUAUUCGAAAGUUUGAGUGGAAGGAGGUAGUCAACGAGAAAAAGGGCAGAAAAGAAGAGAGUGAUAGGAGAUGCUGCAUUAAAAGGCCUGACUGUUGUGGUAGGGAUGCGACACAUGGUGAUCCUGGGGAUAUUGAACGGGGCAUCAUAGGGUGGAAUGUCUGCUUAACUGGACUACAAGAGAGUUCAAGCUGCCCAGAUGAUGGGUGUAUCUACUCCCAUACAACAUGAGCUCACCAGAAUAACAUUCUGCAUCUGGCGAAGAGAGAAGGGCCAUUGCAUGUUUUUAGCCAGUAAGGGUGCUGUUGAUAAUCCAUGGUCAUUGUCAAUACUUAGGGAUGAACGGGGUGAAGACUCCUCUGUACUUUUCAAAAAUUGGAAGCUUCUACUGAAAACGUGGGCAUGGAAACGUUCUGCUGAUUCUUGUUUUCUCUUUGUUUCGAUUUAUAUGUUGUGUAUAAGGUUAGAUGUUUGUUCUGGCCGUUUUUAUUUUAGGUAUCUAACGAUAAUAAAUGCCAUAUGAUUUCUUCAAAGUGUCUUAUAUAAUAUUACUCUUCAAUCUUUGCAUCAUAAUCAUAUUCGCUUUUUAGGGUACCUUGUAAAUUAUGCUUUACACUUUAGAAGUAAAGGAGAGUUAGGGAUCAUGAUCUAUAGAUAAAUUAGUUUAUUUUUUAUAUCAACAGACAUGCAUAUCUAACUUCUAUACCUCCGUUUUCCACUUUCUUGCAGGCAUUUCUAGAGACAAGGCCUUUGGAAAUGCCCAAAUGCAUUAAUCAUUUUAUUUUCACUGACUCUGACAUUGCUGUAGUUGAUGAUCUGGGGCAUAUAUUUCAAAAUUAUCCACAAUUCCAUUUGGCUUUUACCUUUCGGAACAAUAAAGAUCAGCCAUUAAAUUCUGGGUUAAUUGCAGUCAGAGGAACUCGGGAUGGAAUUCUACGGUUAGUUUUUAUUAAAAAUGUGGUAAAGAAAAAGCUGUUGGUUUUUUAUUCCCAGUCGAAAAGUUAUUAAAAUUGUACUAAUGGUGCAGGGCGAAGUUGUUUCUUCAGAGAGUGUUAGAGGUUUACACUUCUAAAUAUAUGAAGGCUUCUCGUAUGCUUGGUGAUCAACAAGCUCUUGCUUGGAUUAUGAAAUCUCAGCUUUCAUUGGAGGCAAAAGAUUUUGCCAAACCAAAGCCUUUCGUUGCUGAAUUGCAAGGAACGUCAAUACUCUUUCUUCCUUGCGCUAUAUAUAAUUGGACACCGCCUGAGGGCGCAGGCCAGUUUCAUGGCAUGCCCUUGGAUGUAAAGGUAAUUCUUGAGACACUUCAGUCUUGGUCCCUUCACCAUUUACAUUUGGACUGGCUUUUUCAACAGUUUUUGCUACCACUUCUCAUUUUUUGUGUAUACUUUCAUUUGUACAUGAAUUAUAUGUAUAUAUAAAUCUGUAUUUCUUCCUGCGAUUGCUGCAUUUUCAUGUUUGCGUUCGUGUUUUUUUCUUAAAAUAUUGAGACUGUUCAUGUUGCUGGUCAGAAUUCAUUAAGAAAACUGCUCAAGAAAAGAUUUGGCAAUAUCUUCUAAUGAGGUGUCGAAGGACUUCCUAUCAUGACCUGUGCUGUUGAAAAGGGGGUGCCUAGGUAAUUCUGGGGGAAUCUGCGAAUCCCAUGGUAGUCUAUAUGCAAUGGGUUUCCUCAUCUUUUGAAAACCUAUCUUCUGACAUGAUGACUGAUAAAACACAGCACGAUAUAGCAAUUUUUUUAAGGAAUAGCAUAGUUGGGUAGAAAAUUCAUUAAACAUGUGAAUUCUCGGCAUCCGUUGAUGGCAUUGUUUGAUGUUAAGUACUUCCCACCCUGCCCCAUUAAUGGUGGUGCAUUGUCAGUGAUUAUAUUUUUCUGCUCUUCUGGAUCUAAAGUGGGACUAAUUUAUGUUGAUGGUUCACAUGACUGAGAAUUCAUAUGUGCACUAAUCAUGUAUAUUUUUACCAUAAAAGCUCAUAUAUAUUCUUAGAUUCUCAUCAUCAUCAUCACCGCAAAUCUUCGCCCAAAUUGUGUGAGAAUAUCGAAGAGUAUUCCUUACCAUCAAAACUUGGCCCAGGUUGUUCAUUUCAAGGGUUCAAGGAAGCGUUUGAUGUUGGAAUCUUGGAACUUCUUCAACUCCUCCGCCUCCAACUUGCCUGACAUGCUGUGCCUGAUCCUGCUGAGUGGGCGAACCAAGUACGACUUCUAA